AUGGAGAACAUCUCCUCACACCAACACUUCAUCCUAAACGGCUUCAGUGAACUGGGAGCUCUGAGGCCCAUCCUUUUUGUCCCUUUCUUCCUCAUGUUGCUCCUGUCUCUGUUGGCUAACUCCCUGCUGCUGUACGUCAUCGUAUCACAGAGGAGUCUCCACUCACCCAUGUACAUCCUCAUCGCUGGGAUGGCCUGCGUGGAUCUGAGCCUCCCUCUGUUCUUCUGUCCUAAGAUGCUGCUGAGCUUCCUGUUUGACUGGAGGGGAAUCUCUCUGAUUGGCUGCCUGGUUCAGAUGCAUUUCAUCCACUUUGUGGGAGCCUUUCAGUCCACAUUGUUAGUAUGGAUGGCCCUGGACCGAUACUUCGCCAUCUGCAGCCCGCUCUACUACCAUGAACGCAUGGCUUUACCGGGGUUCUUGAAGUUCGUGGUUCCAGUUUUGUUCAGGAACUUCUUUCUAAAUACUCUGAUGGUGAGUCUGGUGGGAAAGUUACCGUUCUGUGUUGGAAACGUGAUGAAUCACUGUUUCUGUGAGCACAUGGCGUUGGUGGGGCUGGCCUGUGGAAGUACCACCACCAACAACCUGGUGGGGUUACUGACGGCAUUCCUGAUCCCUGUGGCCGACUUCGUCUUCAUCACCGCCUCCUACGCAGUCAUCUUCUGCUCUGUGCUCACGUCUGGAAAGGGGGGCGUCAAAGCUCUGCACACCUGCGUCACCCACAUUGUGGUCAUCACUGUGAGCCUGACCAUCGCCCUCGUUGCUUUCCUGUCCUAUCGGAUCAGAAACGGACUUCCUGCCGCCGUGCGUGUUUUCUUCAGCACCAUGUACCUGCUGUUCCCGAGUUGCUUCAACCCAAUCAUCUACGGCAUCAGGACCUCCGAGAUCAGACAGCACAUCGUCAGAAUGCUGACAUGUUGUCCAUUUAUCCAGACUGUGGACUGUUGCUAA